AUAUGCAUGCAGAUAUCAUUGGUCAAAUAAUCUUCUAAAUAUAGUAUUUGUCAGGGGGCGCAGUUAUAAAAGUCGAUAGAGUAUUGAAAUAUUUCUUAUAUGGCAAACACGUUGCGGGUAAACUCUAAUUUGAGAUCAUAAUGUACAACUCAUGAUAGAUAUGCUGCAUUGCUUGGGUUUUGUCUUUCUCUUGUGUAAUUGUUUUGCAAGAGCAAUAAAUGGCGGUAAUGAACCAGAGAGAAUUGCAGAUUCCUGGGCCUGUAAAGAGGAAAUGUCUCACAUGGCUCCAAUUUGUCACUGCGAUGUUGACUGUGUUACCUAUAGAGACUGUUGUGAUAACGUGGCCGACUUUACAGACACAACCCUCAGCUUAAAACCCAAACAGGAAUGUCGUCGUUUUGGAAGCAGAUCUUUCCCCUCAUUCUGGGCCGUCACAUCCUGUCCGGGAGAGGGCGCUGUCAAAAAAAGGGGCAUAUUUCUACCUGUCGUGACUGAGGGCGGAACCGUGUUUGUGGAUGACGAUAUUGCGAAAUGUAAUAAUAUUUCGUCUUUCUUGCCCAUGGAUAUCCAUGUCAUUCUUGAUGAUCUUUGUGAUGUGGAUUUGAUUAUUUCGUCUCUUGAAGCACGAUUUAUGAAUCUCGUCAUGUCUAUUGGGAAAUCAAAUUGCAGAUUUAUAUUUUCUCCCCCAAGUGACAGUCGUGCAUUCCCAAGACUUUGUUUGGAUUUGCGAGAAGAACAGACGAUGAAAAUUUUUAGUAGUGAAUGUUACAACAACCUGAGACCAGAAAAGAUAUCCUCCGUCCUUUAUAGAAACACACGCUGUUUUGAGGACAUACACGGUUAUCCGAUGCCAGAAAAUGUUACAGAUAUAGCAGAUAUUUAUAAGCAACCUUCAGAAAUCGGAACAUCUCUUCAUAUAAGAUUCAUUGACAACUCAAGUAAUUUAAACCCAAAACAUUCAAUUUGUCCAUACAAAUUUAGAAAUUUUUGCCAUACACGGUUGAUAAAAAACUGGAAUCAAACUGUAGAAAUAGAGGUCGAUUCAUUUCAUCCCAUUAGUGACUACCACAUAAAGUACAGUACUGUCUACUUUGUCUACAACUUUCUUCAGAAUAAUGUCAAUUUAACGGCAGAAAGGGCCACUGUUGAUCUCAUUAAAUGGAAGAAUUCCCAAUGUCAGACUCUGGUCAUAAGAAUAUUUUUAAGGAGUACCAGAGACUUGAGCAGAGAGGAUUUGAGCAGAGUGAUGAAUUUUAUCAACUUGUUUAAGUUGUCUUCAUUCAGUAGCAGUAUAAAGACGGUGGCCAAUAACUCCUCUAGUAAAAUAAGAUCCUAUAUGUGUGCAAACCCCUUGGAAAGGAGGGAAAUAUUGAAAAGAAAAAGAGUCCAUUCAUUUUCAAUGAUGUACGUUUUACGCAUAAUGGAAUACCUCAGUAAUUCUAUGGAUAUAGAUAUUUACUGUCAGAAUUUAGUUGUUGAGAGCAAAGAAAGAUUGAACAGGAAAUUCGUGGACGUCUAUUUGAUGAAGUGGGAGUGCGUGAAUAACCCGACCACCGACACGAUUUCAUUAGGGGAAUACGAUCCACAAUCCGUGUAUAUCACGAUAACCGUGUUAGCUGUCAGUGGGAUAGUCAUAUUUGUCCUCUAUUUCACGUCACUUAAGGACGCCAAUGUGCUAGAUAGAUCGUGAUAUCUUCACCUUCAUGCUAAAAGAAGAACUUAUUUAAUGUGUAAAUUCACGGACAACUAACCUAUCCAUUAAAACUUCAAAUGAGUUGAAACCACAGUCCUUUUUCUCAAAGAAAUCAUCUUAUUUUUUAAGGCCCUUGAAGUUUUGUUUAGAUAUAUAGAUAUUCACUGAGAUCUCUGUUAUCAUAAAUCAACUGGCAGUUCUCUUCUUUGCUUUUGAAGUUUGUUAUAAUAUCCACUGCAUACAUUGUAUCUAUACUGUGUAAGUAUUCUAUAGACUGUUGAAAUACAAACUCUGUUGUAUUGUGUGGAAAAUUAAGAUUUAUCUCCU